GGGAGAACAGGGGGGCACUGGGACAGGAGCUGCAGCCUUCACAGGGUUUGCUGCCCGCACCAGCCAGCAAUGUAAGUUUUCCUACCUGAGCUCACUGGCAUGCACAUUUAUUUUUCAUACUUUCUGCCACUCUUUCAAUUUCCCCAGCGAAGAUUCAUGUCAUCCCCUGAAAGCGGAGUGACAGCAGCCUUUGCUCCUCAUUGACUUUUGCAGCUAAACAAGAGGCACGCUUUUCUGUAACUUCCUAUUUUUUCUUUCUUUCUUUCUUUCCUCCUUUUAACUUCUGCCUAGGGGAGAGAUGUUGGGGGGUGGAGGGGGCUUUAUUUUAGAGCAUUUCUUUUUCAAAUCAGGGGACAGUGAUGCUGUGGCAGGGACUUACAGAGGUGACUGCAGACAGUGAGAGAGGAGGGGUGCACAGGGCAGGCAGCUCAGGUCCUGGGCUUCUCUUCAAGUUGAACUAUGUGUGUGUUUGCAUCUGGAUAUGUAGGUGCAUAUGCAUGUGCACACACAUAUUUAUAUGUACAUAUUCAAGGAUGUGUUUGGGGACAUGAAGUGGGUGUGAUUUAGGUCUUUGCUCCAAGAGCAGCAAGCAGUGGCCAAGCGGUGGGGCGUCACAUUGGCACUUUCUCCUACUGCCCCUGGGGCUCUGGAGGUGGCCAGGAGAUGGGAGAUCUGUCCCUCUGGUUUAUCCCCCAUGGAGAUAUGUGAGCAGACAGGUCGGUCUAUGCUCCCUUCCUGGGGGGUCCCCAGAACCCCUUGUCCUGCGUGGGCUAGAGCGGUUGCAGGCAUGGGUUGACGGUUGGACUAGAUGAUCUUAGUGGUCACUCCAACCUUAAUGAUUCUAUGAUUCUGUGAUUCCUUGGCACAGCUGGGCAGCUGCCACAGUCCCCUCUGCACAUGCCAGUUCAGGACAUUUGCAGAGAUAAGAGCUCUCGAUGGGUCAGGGCCCCGACCCAUCCCCACCCCCAUCGAUCACGGGUUUUGCGGUGUGCACGGCUAUUGCUUUGCUUGCGCUUUUAUCAAGCAGCCCCUGUCUCGUGGUCUGCUCUUCAGAGUGUGGAGUCCCAGUCGGAUUUGGUGGUUGCUUUUCCUUUUCUCUAUUUUCCUUCUUUUUUUCCUCUCUUUCCUUUGUUUUUCUCUUCCUCCCUUCCCUCCCCAGUGAGAAGAAGGAAGUCACCAUGGCUGAUGACCAAGAUCUGUCGGAGGUGGAGAUGAGCCCAGUGGGUUCUGAAGACCACCACUGCCUCUCGCCGGGACCAUCCAUGGCAUCGGACAACUCUUCGCACCUCGCCAGCUCUGGGAAUGGAGAGAUGGGCAAGGUCAAGAAGGAGCAGCAAGACUCGGAGGCGGAUGACGAUAAGUUCCCUGUCUGCAUCCGUGAAGCGGUCAGCCAGGUGCUGAGCGGCUAUGACUGGACCCUGGUACCCAUGCCUGUUCGGGUCAAUGGAAGUAACAAGAGCAAACCCCAUGUGAAGAGGCCCAUGAAUGCCUUCAUGGUCUGGGCGCAGGCUGCCCGGAGGAAAUUGGCUGACCAGUACCCGCACCUCCACAAUGCUGAGCUCAGUAAGACCUUGGGGAAGCUCUGGAGGCUGCUGAAUGAAAGUGAUAAGCGUCCCUUUAUUGAAGAGGCAGAGCGGCUGAGGAUGCAGCACAAGAAGGACCACCCCGACUACAAGUACCAGCCACGGAGGCGGAAAAAUGGCAAGGCCACGCAGGGCGAGGGCGAGGGCCAGGUGGAGGGGGAGGCUGGCGGGGCUGCCUCUAUCCAGGCUCACUACAAGAAUGCCCACCUGGACCACAGGCAUCCUGGGGAAGGGUCACCCAUGUCCGACGGACACCCGGAGCACUCUUCAGGUCAGAGCCACGGCCCUCCCACUCCUCCCACCACCCCUAAGACCGAGCUGCAGGCAGGCAAAGCUGACUCCAAGCGAGAAGGGCGUUCCCUUGGGGAAGGGGGAAAGCCACACAUUGACUUUGGCAAUGUGGACAUCGGGGAGAUCAGCCAUGAAGUGAUGUCCAACAUGGAGACCUUUGACGUCAACGAAUUUGACCAAUACCUGCCACCCAACGGACACGCCGGCCACCCAGGCCAUGUUGGGGGCUACGCCGCGGCCGCUGGCUAUGGCCUUGGGAGCGCCCUGGCUGCGGCCAGUGGACACUCAGCCUGGAUCUCCAAGCAGCAUGGAGUCUCCUUGUCCGCCACCACGUCACCGGUGGUGGACUCCAAAGCCCAGGUGAAAACAGAGGGGUCUGCCCCUGGAGGUCAUUACACCGAUCAGCCCUCCACCUCCCAGAUAGCUUACACAUCCCUGAGUCUGCCCCACUAUGGUUCGGCCUUCCCGUCCAUCUCCAGGCCUCAGUUUGACUAUCCAGACCACCAGCCCUCGGGACCCUACUACAGCCACUCCAGCCAAGCCUCUGGCCUCUACUCUGCCUUCUCCUAUAUGGGACCUUCCCAGCGUCCUCUUUACACUGCCAUCUCUGACCCCGCACCCUCCGUGCCACAGUCCCAUAGUCCCACACAUUGGGAACAGCCUGUGUAUACGACUCUCUCCAGACCAUAGGGAAUGGGGAACAGUGACCAAAGCAGCGACGGAAAGGCUCCGAAGAAUCUGCACAGGCAGAAGAGCCUCCGAACUCCGAGGUCACUCAGUGCCACCAUCCAGCCACCAGCACCCACUGAGUAUCUGGAAGUGCCUUUCUUGACCCCGGCUAUCGUUGGCUCACCCGCCUACAGAAAGGUUUUUCGUCCUUUCGCCCUGUACCGAUUUCACGCAGGCCACACAACUGGCUUGCAACACCUUAUUGGCCUUCUAGAUGAGGAAGACUCAAGACAUGGAGUGACGGGUCCAUGGUGGGUUUCGUUGUGCGCACCCUGGACCGUAAGAGGAGAGAGACUGUCCUUUCCUUCCCCUCCCCAACCUCCUCCAGAGAAUUAGCAAGUGUUUCCAAAAGGCCACCAUGGCCAACUCUUUGUCAGCUGCUGCGGGUGAAGGGUGCUUGCUCAGCCUUGGUGAACAUGUCAUGGGAGGAGGAGUUGGGAGGACGGCAUGGCCGGCUUCCUUGCGUCAGUGUUGUGCAGCAGUCCUGCCUAAGAUUCACACAUGCAUGAAUCUUGAUCCCUGCUGGAAGACCAACUUAUGCUUGCUUCCUUGCUGAUUUUCACAGCUGCACGCUAUAGCUUUUCUCCCCGCCUCUUCCCCCUGUCCCAUCUGUUUAAUCCCACACCCCUUCCUGCAUGGAUUUUAUAAGGCUUGACUGAACAAUGUGGAGGAUUCAGGAACUGCACUGUCAGCCUUAGCCUUUCUCAUUUCAUAGCCCGUAUGUGUGCAUGCGUAUUUGUGUAAGGAGUUGAAGAGAGGUGGGGAAGGAUCUGUGGAUCAUUCAGGUGCCGUGGGUGAAUCCUCUCCUCUUACCAUUUAAUUUCUGCCGUUCACUUGUGUCUCAGAUUUCUGGCAUCUCAGCCCUUCCCAAUCUCUUCAGUAUCCCAACAAUCUCGCAGCAGACCAGGUCCUUGCUCCUCCAGCAUUUGACUGUGUCUGCUGAAAACGUGAAGGCACCAAGAAAGCUACCAUGCACUUGCCAACACCCAGAUGUGGUUCCAAUAUUCCAAUACUCACUUUGAACCCUGCUCCAAACUCAGGCCGAUGGGGUGUACAUCACUGCUCGUUUGUUCAUCACAUUAUCGCAAUCUGUCAGCACCUCCCUCCUACUUUCACUCAGGAUGGAAAGAUACUCUCGUGGAUAUAAGCAAGGUAGAUAUGCACCCAAUAUUGGAUGACUACAAAGAAAAGAACACUGCUUACGUGCAGAAGAACUCAUUUUCACCUCUGGGUUUCAAGCUGGAAAGAAGCAGCUCUUGCAGUCAGAUCAACCCCUUUUGUUCAGCCCAUCUCCUGAGGACUACUUAAUUCUCCUUUGUCACCUCGAGGACUGGGUGGUGUGCCCUGCCAGGGAGUGAACUGGCCAAGAAGCUGCUGCAGGAAAAAGUGACUCCUGACAACUGAUCAGAGAGAUGUGUUGUGGGACCUUCUAACGGGUAAUUCAGUCUAGAAAGAUAAAAUACUUCGACUGAACGUGGACUGUGAUUCGUGUCACUGUUUCCCUCUGUUGAUAUGAUGUCAGAUGCCCUUCCCACCUCCCUUAGCUAUGGAUGACUUCUCCUCGUGGUGUCUGAAGAGAUCACGUAGAAUGUUUGUUCCCUGUACGCAUGUAACCUAUUUGAGCCCUGUCCUCUUAUUUAUGCAAGUAGCACAUUCCUUCCCCUGCUCCCUUUCCCCAGUCUCUAUGCUGUCCUAGCACCAUUAACUCUGCAUUAAACAUAUGGAAUAAUAAACUUAAAAGUUUCAUUUCCA